UUGUAUUGUUCCCAGGCGUUGACUCGGCAGCAUGAAGGGCGGAGCGCUGCGGCUGCCGCAGCUGGUGCUGUUAGCCCUGCAGGUUUCCUUCGUGCUUAGCCGAAUCGCGUUCGAGAAACUUACGGACGUUGACUUCACGGGCACGGCGUAUUACACGGUGCGCAACCUGUCCCUGUACGAGUGCCAAGGCUGGUGUCGCGAGGAGCCCGACUGUCUCGCCGCUUCCUUCAGCUUCGUUCUAAACCCCCUGACGCCUGUACAAGAGACUCGUUGCUUGCUGCAGAAUGACACUCAAGCAAAUAACCCAAUGGCCACUCCGCAGCGUUCGGUGAACACGUACUACAUGGUGAAGCUGCAAGUCCGAACAGAGAGCGUGUGCCUGCGCCCCUGGGCCUUCGAACGAGUGCCGGGCAAGUCGCUGCGGGGUCUCGACAACACUAUCAUCUACACCUCCACCAAGGAGGCCUGCCUCGCGGCUUGUCUCAACGAGAAACGGUUCCCGUGCCGAUCGGCGGAGUACGAGUACGGAAGCAUGCGGUGUGCUCUGAGCGACUCGGACCGACGCACAGCACAGCACUUCGUUCAGUUAGUCGACACCCCUGGGACGGAUUAUUUUGAGAACCUGUGCCUGAAGGCGUCGCAGGCGUGCAAGGGACAGCGGGUGUUCACCGCGCCGCGCGUGGGCGUGGCCGAGGACAAGGUGGCGCAGUAUGCCGGCCUGCACUAUUACACUGACAAGGAAUUGCAGGUUACGUCGGAGGCCGCGUGCCGGCUGGCGUGCGACAUCGAGUCGGAGUUUCUGUGCCGCUCGUUCCUGUACCUGGGCGCGCCGCACUCGGCCGCCUACAACUGCCGCCUGUACCACCUGGACCACCACACGCUGCCCGACGGCCCCUCAGCUUACCUAAACGCCGAGCGACCACUCAUUGACGACGGCGAGCCCAUCGGGAAAUACUUCGAAAACUUCUGUGAAAAGCCACCCAGCAACACUAAUGGAGAGCUGCCGGUAACAAUCGACCACCAGCAGGACACUAACCCUUCCAGCAACUUGACACGAAACGACGCUAACUGUGACAAGACUGGCACUUGUUACGAUGUGUCGGUACUGUGCAAGGACACUCGAAUCGCGGUGCAGGUCAGAACGAACAAGCCCUUCAACGGGCGCAUCUACGCGCUGGGCCGCUCCGAGACGUGCAACAUCGACGUGGUCAACAGCGACCUCUUCCGCCUCGACCUCACCAUGGCCGGCCAGGACUGCAACACGCAGAGCGUCACCGGUGUGUACUCCAACACGGUCGUCCUUCAGCAUCACAGUGUCGUAAUGACCAAGGCGGAUAAGAUCUACAAAGUCAAGUGCACGUACGACAUGAGCUCCAAGAAUAUUACCUUUGGAAUGGUGCCCAUCAGGGAUCCGGAGAUGAUCUCCAUCACCGCGGCGCCCGAGGCCCCGCCGCCGCGUAUCCGCAUCCUGGACGCGCGCCAGCGCGAGGUCGAGACCGUCCGCAUUGGGGACCGCCUCACCUUCCGCAUCGAGAUUCCCGAAGACACUCCGUAUGGCAUCUUCGCCCGCAGCUGUGUGGCGAUGGCCAAGGACUCGAAGAGCACUUUCCAGAUUAUUGACGAUGAAGGUUGCCCCGUGGACCCUGGCAUCUUCCCGGCUUUCACUCCCGAUGGCAACGCUCUUCAGUCCGUGUACGAAGCGUUCCGGUUCACAGAGUCUUAUGGAGUCAUCUUCCAGUGCAAUGUUAAAUACUGUCUUGGACCUUGCGAACCAGCGGUGUGCGAAUGGGGCAGAGAAUCUUUGGAAUCAUGGGGCAGGAAGAAACGUUCGUUGCCUCACAAUGAAACCGGAGAGGCCCGCAGCCAGGAAGAAGAUAUGAACAUUUCCCAGGAAAUCCUUGUACUUGAUUUCGGAGAUGAAAGACAGAGCACAGACUUCCUGCGUUCCGACAAGCCCGGCGGCACUGCGUCGGAGACCAGUUUUGGUGAAAAAACUGUGACGAUAGUGGAGCCGUGCCCUAGCAAGGGCUCGGUGCUGCUGCUGGGCGUGGCGUGCGCGCUGCUAGUGCUGCUGUACAUCGCCACCGUCUUCUGCUACUACAUGCGCAAGUGGCUCGCGCCGCCCAAGCACCUCUCGUAGGCUCGCGCAACAGCCUCCAUAUGCGACCCGACAUCCGUUUGCUUCAUCGAGGCACAUGUGAUACAAAUGACUGACAAAAUCGACAUAAAUUAUUAAGACUAAAUAACUGUAAUCAGGUCGUAACUCCGUCCACCUCGAUGCGCACCGUUGUACGCAGUAUUUUGUACUUAACCACCGCGCCUUUUGCAUUUACCUUAGCGGUAACUUAUUGCAUUUAUAAGCAUUUAUUAAAUAAUAAGUAGUUUAACGAGUAGUUAUACAAUGAAGUACCUAUUAUGGGUGGUUACACCGACAAAUUAUAGAGGCAGCAAUUUCAUGCUACACUUAGAUUAAGGUCUAUGCCUAUACAUAUAAUUAGUGAUUUUAGCAAUGCAUUUAUUAAUUUAAGUAUUUGAUACUUUUUUUAACGAUUGACCAGUGUUUGUACAAUUUUGAAUAUUAAGGCGGAAACAAAGUUUUAAAUUAUAGACCUUUGGAAUAAUCCCUGAGAAUAAUAGAAAUAAAUAAGUCUAGUAUUUAGUU